UGGAGGUGUGACUGCCUCUGCAGAAGCAACUUUCAGGAGGAUGGAUAUGUCUCGGGAGCAAAGCAGCGGCGUCAUUAAAGAAGGAUUUCUGGUUAAAAGGGGACACAUCGUUACCAACUGGAAGACGCGAUGGUUCGUCCUCCAGCCGGACAAGCUGCUUUAUUACAAGUACGAAUCAGGCAAGAAAGAGGCACGACCCAGAGGCAAGAUCCCGCUGACCGGCUGCAAAGUCACCUGUCCAUGUCUGGAGUACGAGAACAGGCCGAUGGUGAUCAAACUCCAGACCCCCAGCUCGGUUGAAUACUUUUUGGAGGCCAGCUCCCGCGAGGAUCGUGACAUGUGGGCUUCCCACAUUAUAGACGCCAUCCACACACUUAGCCCUGGAGAGUCUUGUAACAUGGGAUCCGACAACGCACCUCUUGACCUGAACAACGUUAACCUCAGCCAGGUCAUUGACUCCAUGAGGGAUAUCCGGACUGGCAUCAGGCUUGCCAAUCAUUCCGAACAAGGCAAUUCUUUCAAGAAGUGCUUCACAGGUUCAGCUUUGAUCGACUGGCUGGUAUCCAAGAACUUAGUCCUGACACGUUUUGAGGCUAUGACACUGGCCUCCACACUGCUGGACGAGAGCUUGGUGAAGCCACUUGGAGUGAAGAGCUCAGAGGCCAUUCGGAAUGGGGACUUGGCCGAGCAGUUCCUGGACGACUCAACGGCCCUUUAUACCUUUUCAGAAGUGUACAAAAGAAGAGGCAGCGUCAAAAAUGAAAUUGCUCUUUCAGCAGUGGAGCUCAGUGGGAAGGUUGUGAAGCAGGGCUAUUUGCUGAAACAGGGACACAAAAGGAAAAACUGGAAGGUACGCCUGUUUGUCCUGAGAGCGGAGCCAGACUACCUACACUACUAUGAUCCUUCCAAGGAGGAAAACCGGCCUGCUGGAGGAUUCCCAAUCAGAGGCUGUCUGGUUUCGGCUUUGGAGGACAAUGGAGUGCCCACAGGCGUCAAGGGUAACGUUCAAGGCAAUCUGUUCAAGAUAAUAACUCAAAACGAUGUUCAUUACUUCAUUCAAGCCACUUCGAAGGAAGACAGACAGGAGUGGAUCGCUGCCAUAAAACAAUUAGCAUGACAGCCUGUCAGCACCUCCAUGCUCUGAAAAGCUAAAAGUGCUAAUUAACUGUCCGGCAUCUCGUAUCCUAGCAGUGCCCAUGGAUGCAGCAGCUGCUUUGGCAGAGUGUGUGGAUCACUCGCUCGCUCGCUCGCUCGCUCUCCCGUUCCUUUCUUACACACCUGUGUCGCUCCUCAUGCCCCACUGUGCAUUCCAUGAAUGUGUAUCUCGUCACGAGUCAUGUCUGACCGAGGGCCCUUCACCCUGGACACUGCGGCCACAAGCAGAAUAUUUCAUUUUGGUUAAAAAAAAACUAAAGUUUUUUUAACACAUUGUAAAGUUUCAUGCUUUUGUAUAGCAAUUUGUAUUUUUAAC